AUGGCUGGCUCAAUCAUCACGUCUGCGGCGCCGUACCACAUUCUUGCCUACGGCACUCUUCUUGGCACAUCCUUCUUCCAUACCUUUGUAAACAGCCCCAUCUUGUUCAAAAACGUCGAGCGUCCCGUCUUUUCCGCAAUCCAGUCCAAGGAGUUCCCGAUCUACUUUAGCCUUCAAACGGCGCUUCCCGCUAUCCUGGCGCUUACAUUCCCCGGAAGUACCCUCCUCGCUACGCCCAAUGGCAUCUCUACCCUGUUCCAUGAGUCCAACAGAUGGGGUUCUCUGGUCCCCAUCGCCACCAUGUUUGUUUCCGGUGCGCUGAACCUCGCCGUGCUGCUGCCAGCAUCAAAGGAAGUCAUGAAGCAGCGCCAAGGUCAAGCCAAGCGAGACGGCAAGCAGUGGUACGAAGAGGGUCCUCACUCGGACGAAAUGAAGGCACUCAGCAAGCGUUUCGGCAUUCUUCACGGCAUUUCGUCUCUGCUCAAUCUUGCCGUGUUCAUUGGCUCCGUAACUUAUGGAUUCACUCUCGCUGCUCGUAUAUGA